UCAUAUGGCGCUGAAUUUUUCCUGUGAUAAUUUGUCCGCUUGUUUUGCUCCAAAAUUUCUCUGUUUCUCCCGUGAUUUUUCAUAAUAUUUUCCUGUUAAUCCCUCCACGAUGAGUGGAUUCUGGGAGUCUCCGGAACGCGAGACCCACUUCGACAUAGUGUCGAGGGAGUCCUUUGAUGUGUCAAGCACUCCAAAGUCGCGAUUCCCGAAGUUUCCGGACGAAUCCCAACGCCUGAGGAGGAAUUUGUACAUCUCCCCCAUUCAGGAUUACAGAUUUCGCACUCCUCGUCAGAAGUGUCGGCUGUCCUUUGAGUAUCCACAAAGUGUUCCUGGACGAGUGUCUGAGUGUUCCGAUGGUCGGGCGAAUGUGAGAAGAUUGCUUCAUUGGCGCCAGAAGCGUCUCAGCAUGGAGAAGAUCCGCGUUGACGGUGCCAAUGGGGUGCGCUUCACAGCUAGGAGGGCGAAGGGAUGCUUCACGCCCGGCAGCACGGGCAGCCCCUUCACCAGUGGCUCGCUGGUGGCUUCCGCUGCCUCGGAAUCACUGAUGCGCAUCCCAAAGUCUGAGAUCAAUCCCAACAAGGCGGUCUUCACCAUUGACUCGAAGACAUCUCAGAUCCUGAUUGUGAAUAACAAUGCUUGUCAGCUGCUGGGCUACAGUUCGAGAGAGCUGUGUGAGAUGCAAUUUGGGACGCUGCUGGCCAACAAGAACAAGCAGCAUGUGUCCGCGCUGGCGGAAGGACAGCUGAAUAGCGAGGAUGGAACGAUGGUGCUGUUGAGUGGGAAAGUGGUUGAGAUGAAUACGAAGGGCGGCACGCCGAUUGCUGUCAGCCUGUGGAUUCGGCAGAUUGACUCGGAGGGCAGAUGUCUGGCCGUGGCGGAACCGGUGGAGCGUCGGGUGGCUGAAUUGGUGAUUGACAGAACAGGAUUUAUAAUAUCUGGAGACUAUGAGGCACUCUUACUGUUUCAACUCGACACGGCGGAUCAAUUUAAAGGGAUGGACGUUACUAGUCUCAUCCCAGCCAUUCAUUUGCCCGAUCCGGAGAGCACUGGAGCCAUUCCGAAGCAUGUGAGAAAGCAGAAAGCCACUGGUAGAACGUACGAUGGAAUCUCCUUUCCGCUCUGUCUCAUGAUUACGCGCCAGGAGGCCAGUGAAGAGGAGGAAGCUACCCCACCGCUCUUCACAGUCACCAUUUGGGUGUUCACCAAUCUCAGCGGUCUGAUGGUGAUUGAAGAAACAGGCGUGAUCGAAUCCUGCAACCAUCACUUCUCCAUGCUGAUGUUCGGCUAUGCUCAGAGCAAGAUUCUGGGGCAGCAUAUCACGAAGAUCGUUCCCAACUUUGGCCAGGAACUCGAGUAUGUGGGAUAUAAUCGAAGUAGGAAUGCCACAAUCUCUUCGCUGGGCAAUGAGGAGUCAGAGACAGAAACUGAUCCGGUUUACGUGGACAGAACGGACACUAUGUCCAAUUCUGCUGACGCUGGCAAGGUUUGUCUGGACUUUACGUCGUCCAAAGUGAGCUGCUCGGCAAUCUCUGAACUUUCUGAUGACAUGAGCAAUCUCAAAUCAUUGUCUAGUGACACACGAUCGGAUUUGGAGGCCUCAAAUGUGGCUGUGAUAGCCAAAUCUGUGUCUGAUCAUGUGCUGGCAGCGGAGAAUUAUGAGAAUAACAAGAAUGUGGCCAAUACGGUGAAUAGUUUGAUAAAUGCCGAGUGUAUGGGCUUCGCGAAGGAAUUGAAUUGUGCUCCUGUUGUGCCACCACCUGAUCCGGAUCUCCUGACGCCCGUCAAUGAAACAGAUAGAAGUUACUUGAGUGCCACAUCGCAGCCGGAGGAAUUGAAUAACUUGUCGCAGGGCGGCAGGAAACCACAACCGCCCAGCAGCAGGAAUGUUAUGGAGGUGAGGAGAUCAUCAGGCACCAGAAAGAGUCAGUUGCCGUUCACGGAUGGGAAGUACAAGGGUGAGGCGAUUCACUGUGACGGGAAUAUCAUCGAUAUCUUGUAUACAAUUUCAAGUCAGACACUUCCGUGUGGCGGGAAAGUUUACUGUGUGUGGAUCUGCAGAGAUCCGGACACGGAUUAUGAGUUGAAUGACGAAGAGGAGCGUCAUCAGAACCUCACAUUGACUUUCAACAGUGUCACCAGCACAGUUGAGAAUUCUCUAGGACAAGCGAUUAAGGUCACUGCAGCUCAGAACACCAGCCGUCCCAAUUCCAUGUCCCUGGUGUCCCAGUGCGAGGAGGAGCAGAUUAACGGGGAGUUCAGCAAGCACUACACGACGCUAAAGCAGAUUGGGAAGGGUGCUUAUGGAUAUGUGAAGAUGGCAUACAGGAAUUCGGAUCGAUUACUGGUGAUUGCCAAGUUCAUCCUGAAGGAGAAGCUCUGUCCGCAAUUCAUGGUGACGACGGAUGAGAAGCGCGAAGUGCCGAUGGAAGUGUACCUGCUCACGACAGUGAAGCAUCCCAAUAUUGUGCAAGUGCUGGACAUCUUUGAGAACGACAAGUUCUUCCAGUUGGUGAUGGAGAAACACGGUUCGGGCAUGGAUUUGUUUGAAUUCAUCGACCGACUGCCGAUGAUGGAUGAGAAGCUGGGAUGUUUCAUCUUCAGACAAAUUGCAGCCGCGGUGGAUUACUUGCACAGCCUGAAGAUUCUUCAUCGUGACAUCAAGGAUGAGAACAUUAUCAUUGAUCACAAUUUCCACGUGAAGCUGAUUGACUUCGGAUCGGCGACAUUCAUGGAAGAGGGCCGACUGUUCUCCACCUUCUUCGGCACCACUGAGUACUGCAGUCCGGAGGUUUUGGCGGGAAAUAAGUACGCCGGUCCGGAGUUGGAGAUGUGGUCUCUGGGCGUAACCUUGUACGUGAUAAUGUUCUUUGAGAAUCCCUUUGUUGAUGUCGAGGAGACGCUGCAUUCGGAGCUUGUGAUGCCGCACAAAGUGUCACCAGGACUGGAGGCGCUGCUAAUCUCAAUGCUGGAUAAGAAUCCGAAGACACGCUGCACAAUGAAGCAUCUGAUGAGUGAUCCUUGGCUGACGCAGGAAAUCAAUACGACUAUGUUCAAUUUCUCGUGGAUUGUGCCGUGUGAGCCGCAUGAGGAGAAUCCAGAGAAGUACUACACUGGCCAGAUUUACUCCAGCACUACAGCGUUAUCCACAACAUCGCCGCAUGAUAGUCUCUCGCUGGCGGAUGACGAUUCCAUGAUCGACGCCGAGGGCGAUGAUGAGGAAGAGGAUGCUGAUGAGGAGGAGGACGAGGCGAGUCUCCCGUCGCAGAAUGAGCAGGGCUUCAUGAGAGCAAAGGCUUCAGGGGCAGCCAAGGAUCGGGCGGAGGGCACAGUGGCGACUGUCCAGGGUGAUUGCGAAGCUGCGGAGGCGCCGAGCGAAGGGGUAGUUUUGUACUCUGGUCCGGACAAGGCGACGUCCUUUGAAAUACUGCGCGUGACGAGGCGCUGGGAGGCUCUCUAUGACGACGAUGAUAGUUGGGAGGAUGACGAUUGAUUGGGAAUUGUGUGUCAAGAGAAUUUACAACUGUUUGUGAUAAUCAAUUAAUUUUGAGCGAUAAGGUGUAUAAAAACAACAUUGUCUUUUAGUAGGAAAAUUAUGCAAUUGAUCAAUGAGAUCGACAAGAGAGAAAGAGAGAAUUGUAUGACGAUAUGUUUGAACAGCAGAUCAAAAGAAGAAAAGAUGAAAAUUACGAUGAGAGGAGUUCAUUAAGAUUUAUAUAUUUAAAAGCAAAAAAGCAAUGAUAGAAACAACUAAAGAAACAAAUUUCUUGCACGAAAAACUUAAAAUGUUACCUUCUCUCGCAUUGUAGUUGAAACAAAACAAAAAAAAACAUUAAUAAAGAGCGAAACAAAGAAUUUAGAGUGCAAGAUGCAAAAUAUUAGAUAAAAAAGAAA